AUGUCAGAUACAAGGUUUACGAUUGCCGAAGACAUAGAAGAGAAUUUGCCCGAAGAGGUCGAUAUAUUUGUGCGACUCAGCAGACUUGGGAACUUCAAGAGAGGAACAGAAUGGUAUGAAGCGUCAUUAUCAUCCCAAAGCAUGUAUUUCCCAAUUGCAGCUGAACGCGCCGACUUUCUUCUCGAGCAGGGCUCGUACCGACAACUGGACGAUCUUCUUGACGAAGUCACCCACAAGAUCGAGCAGAAAGUCUACGUCUUCACGGAGAACGAGGUCCUUCUCUUUCAGAUUUUGAAGGCUCUUGCAAAGAUGCACAUACACGGCGAUCUCAAUGACGCUUUGGAAGAAGCUAGAAUUGUCUGGCGAAGACUACCCAGGGUUGAGCCGGCGGAUCCCAGUGAGGUAGAGAUUCAUAUACUUGAGAUUUAUCUUCGGAUCGUGGCUUUCGCUUCACAGGCUUCCUCCUGGGUUCGUCCUGAGGACACUCAACCUCCUUGGGCCGCGUCUUCGACACCAGUUUGGUUCGGAUUCCACAGAUGGGCCAAAACACUGGCCGACCAGGGGCGUUUGUGGGAGGCACAAAAGAUCAUGCGCAUGCUGCUAACAGUGCUCUCACCGGAGAACGGGCUGAAACUAUGUGAGGAAUUCAUGGGAAACAUGGACGAGGAGGACCUGCCGGAGUCUGCUAUAAUCUCCAACCUUUCCACAGUCAAUGCCUGCACUCGGUAUCUUGUCGGUCACACUGGCGUUUCAGACAAGUUGGAAGUUGUAUCAAAGGCUCAAGCUUGGUCUUCGUUGGCCAAUUCCUUCCAAAAAUGCCUGCAAAAUAUUCAGAUUGCAGAGGUCAAUGGUCGACCUUAUUUUGAGACGAAACUCGCAGAUCUCGAGGUCAAAAUGUAUAAAGGAGUUGAUGAGGAGAUUCCCGUCUCCAAGGUCUACAGGACGGUCCUCGAAGAAGCCCGUGAGGUGUCAGAUCUGCAAGUACAGGCCGAGUCGUCGUGGGCCCUGUACGAGGUGGAGAACGAAAUAAAGAAUCCGGAUUUCCAUGGCCUUCAGCAGCUCCAGAAACUUCAAUUGGACACCAUGGAAGAUACGCUUGGGUAUGUCACGCAUCUGAAUCAGUGUUUGCGAUCUUAUUUGCAGCAGCAAGGAGAAAACGGUGCCCGGGAACGGAUCCCUGCGAUGUUCCUCGAAACAUCUCCGGCAGCAAAAGCAAGAUUCAACAUACCGAAUCUGAAGAAAAACCAUCUUGAGAGUCGGCUCCAAUUAGCCCAGCUUGAGGGCGACGAUACGCAUAUAUCGCAGGCCAAAAAGGAAUUGGAAGAUUAUGCUGAUCCUCCCGAGAACAGAACGCGGCGAGCGACAAUUCCCCUGCAUUGGGCUGUCAGGAUUAAUGACAUAUUUGGUGUUCGGCAAGCCCUCGCUGCAGGAGAUUCUGUAAAUGAAAGAGCAGAAGACGGUUCAACCGCACUGCAUUACGCAGUCGAGAGGAGCAAGUCUCUCCAGAUUACUACCCUGCUAUUGGAGUCUGGUGCUCGACCAAACAUUUGUCGAGACAGUGAUGGCUACGCUCCUCUCCAUGUGCUUGUCAGCACAAGCUAUCGUCUCGAGGAUGCAGCAUAUCCCAUCCUAGACAAGCUACUGCAGUUCAAGGCCGACUUUCGAAUCCGAACAAAUGAGAACGGAACCGUGCUUGGGCUGGCGGCCCAGCAGAAUCUGGCACGGAUCGUCAAAAGACUUCUCGAAGCUGGGGCAGACGUCCACUCUCCACACUGGCAAAAUCGAUCUGCUCUCAAUGUUGCGUCUUGGUUCGCUCACAUAGAAACGAUGAAAGUUCUCAUCGAAGCAGGGGCAAACGUCAACUUUAAUGAGUGGACCACGCAGACACCCCUUCUUGAGAUCGUCUGCAACAACAAGGGAAACCCCCUUGGGGGCCCUGCUCGAUAUGUCGAAGGGCUCAAGCUGCUGCUGGACAACGGCGCAGAUAUUCACGCCAGGGCCGGUGACGAGAAUGCAUAUUACACUGUCCUGGGUCGGGCAGUUUUCAACGGCAACUUGGGAAUGGUGAAACACCUGAUUGAGCGGGGAGCUGACCCUGUCGACCAACGUCCCUUGGUUGGAGGAUCGCUCAAGUCGCUGGUCAACGUGGCGAUUGAGGGUGGGCACUACCACACCGCGAGGUAUCUGGAGGAAAUGGGCGUGCAACGAGACUGA